UCCGCCGCCCUCCAUCCCCCGCCCCGGAGCCCUUGGGAGGGUCCACCUCAGCCCGACGCGGCCCUUCUCACGUCCCCGGCUCGGCCGGCGGAGGCCGGGAGGGCAUCGCGCAGGGACAGCGGCCUCGGGGCGGUUUCCUCCGAGGUCGGGACAAAGACGGCGCCACCAUGGCUCUCAGCGCUGAGGACUGCACAGGCGACAAGGGCAGGGGCGCCAAGGAUCUGGAAUCCCUCGACACCUAUAUCCAGAACACACUCUCUGCCCUCUACCCACCUUUUGAGGCCACAGCGGCCACAGUGCUCUGGCAGCUGUUCAGCGUGGCUGAGAGGCUCCAUGGCGGGGAUGGGCUACGCUGCCUCACUGAUUUCCUCAUCCCAGCCAAGAGGGCCCUACAGCACCUGCAGCAGGAAGCUUGUGCCAGGUACACCGGCCUCGUCUUCUUCCACGAAGGCUGGCCGCUGUGCGUCCACGAGAAGGUGGUGGUGCAGUUGGCAUCCCUGCGCGGAGUCAGGCUCAGGCCUGGGGACUUCUACCUUCAGGUCACCUCGGUGAGAAAGCAGUCGGCCAGACUGGUCUUAAAAUGCCUCUCCCGUCUCGGAGGAGGCUCAGAAGAAGUCGCUGUCCCUGAAGCCAUGUACGGCCGCGUCUUCACAGCAGAGUUCCUGGAAUGGCUGAAUGGGGAGCGGAACAGCGUCCCCUUGCAAAACUGCUUGCUGACCACAGGCUCGGCCGUCUACCGCAUCCCGUGGAGCAACCUCACAGAUCCCGUCUUCGUACCCAUGACCAGAACUGUCCUGCCCAGUGGCUCCAGCCAUCCCGGGCCUGAGCAGCUGCCGCCCCGCAGCACCUUGGAGGUCCUGGCGCCAGCACCAGCCUUGGCCAGCCCUUGUCCCCAGGGGAGCACUCCUUCCAGCGCCACCUCGACCCUACUCCCCCACAGUGGGCCUCCUGGCAGUGACCAGCCCAGCCAUCUUCCUCACCUGAGAGGAUCUGAGUGGGAAAGCCCCAGGGCCAGAUCCGGAAGCUCCGACAGAGGCCUUGUAGGGGUCGGCCCCUCAGACCAGAGCCCAUGGGAGCCCCCUGGGAGCCCUGAAGAACCAGGAGGGUGGCUGGACGCCCUGGACAAGAAGGACAGCCCCCAGGCCAUCACCUUCCACAGGGACACAGUCAGCCUGAGCUCCAGGAGGCGGCCGCCCAGGGACCAGGCCAGCGUGGAGGCCAGACGCUGGUUCAGGAAGUCCUACAUGGAGGCCCUGCGGAACCCCAUGCCCCUGGGCUCCAGCUCCGAGGAGUCCCUCCGGGAUGAGGCCUGCAGCUCCCAGACCAAGGAGGCCAGGGCAGAGGCUGACCCAACCCAGAAAGAAACCCCCAGCCCCCGGGGAGACCCCCAGGGGAUCCCGAGUGAAGAGAGCAGUCCAGGAGCUGCUGGGAGGACCCUUCCCAGGAGGUCUCAGUCCUGGGACAGGUCCCUCAGAAGCUCCCAAAGUGACAGCCAGUGGGCUUCCAACCACUCAGCAAGUGCCAGGCCCUGGGGUCUCUUAGGACGACAAGCUGCGGGGACCAGAAAUGCAGGCCCCAGCGGCCCCUCAUGUGCCACAGCAGAGAGUCCUGGCUGCAACAAAGAAGAAGCCAGUGUAUACACCAGUGGCAGCAGCUUCCGGGGACAAGAUGUGCUUGCUGAGCUGCUGUGCACCGAGGGUGAAGGACGGCUGCCUGGCAUAGGAGACUCGCCCAACCGGGUGCCUGGGCAGGUGCUGGAAAUCAACCAGGAGCUACUGCAGUCCGGGGUCGUCACCCUCCCAGGGACCCGAGACCGCCAGGGAAGAGCAGUGGCACAGGUCUGCCUGAGGGGCCCACUGUGGUCCAGCAAACACACCUCCAGUGCCGAGCUGAUCUGCCUGCUGAAGUACCUCCAUGGCAUCCCCAGGAAGGAGGUGCGGGACCUGGGGCUGGUCAUCCUGGUGGACGCACGCAAGAGUCCGGCUGCCCCUGCUCUCUCCCAGGCCUUGGCAGCACUGCAGAACACAUCUCCUCCUACGAUUCACAGUAUUUUGCUCUUGGUGGAUAAAGAAUCAGCAUUUAGGCCUGACAAGGAUGCAACAAUUCAGUGUGAGGUGGUGGGCUCCCUGAAGGCCCUGCACAAGCUCGUGGACAACUCCCAGCUAACCGCAGACCUCGAGGGCUCCUUUCCCUAUAGCCACAGUGACUGGAUCUGCUUCCGGAGGAAGGUGGAGCUCUUCACCACAAACUGCGAGGAUGCCAUUGUUUUUCUACAAAAUUCAGUCCGCUCCUUGAAUGCCCACAGGCCCCUCAGCACAGCACAGGAGGUCAUGGAGUCAAUCAGCAAGCACAAGGCGACUAUGAAGCGUGUCCUGGAAGACACCCUGCUGGUCGCCCUCCGGCUGGAAGGUGGCACCGUGCUGGCACGGCUGAGGAGGGAGGAGCAUGGCACCAGUGAAGACUGCCGAGACACCAUCCAGGCCGCCUCCAGGCUGUACAACCAACUGGACGAAGAGGUCCAUAGGCUCGUCCUCACCUCCAACCGGUGUCUGCAGGAGCUGGAGAAUCUGCGAGAACUGAGGAUGCUCGAGGAGGGAGGUGACCAGUCACAACAUUGUCAGAAAGGACUACAGCUGGCGGAAGAGCACAACUCACAAGAUGCAGAGGGCACGGUCCAGGACUUCAGACGGUGUCAGAGCGCCAUGGCUGGCCAGGCUGAGUGGAGGGACGGAGAGCUGGCCAGUCGGGCCCACCCGUCCGAGUUCUAUGAGUCGGUGAACAGGUGGAUGCUGCGGGGCAGCGAGUGCCUGGAACCCUGGGGCCCAGAGCUGGUUGCUAAGUGUUUGCCGGAGGCUGUGGAAGCGGCUUCAGAGAGCUUCCCCAGGGCGAGCGCGGCGGUGCCGGGCCUGGGCGGCCAGCGGGUGCUGGGGCAGUGGCUUGCCUUUGGGCUGCAGUGCCAGCAGACCCCACUCCACUCACAGGAGGCCCUUCCUGGGACUGCCCUGGGCCCUGCUGUCCCCCUUCUGGGCCGGAGCCCCCUGAAGCAUAAGCUUGCCCAGGGGGCCAAGGGGAGGCACCAUGAGCCACCCUGGGUCCCCCUUGCUGACCCCAAGGGCCGAGCUGGGGAGUGGGCCCAACUGCUGCCCAGCCUCCCCGGACAGGCUGCUCUGUGUGGUCAGGAGAGUGAGCACCUGAGCCCAGGUGUGCCCACCCUGGACAGCAGCUCCCCCUGCUCCUCUGAGUCCAUCCAGACAUCUGCUGGCCACCCCAGGAAACAUCCCCUGAAGAAAAUUAUGAAGAAAACACAAAACUUCGAGAUUCCACAGCUUAACAGUGACUCCAGAGACUCCCGCUGGCCAGGCCACACUGGGGCCUUCAUCAAAGGCCUGGAGGUGACCAGCACUGUGGCCUCAGAGAAGAAGCCCCCACUGAGGCCAUGUGCUGAGAGCCCCUUGGUCACUCGGAACCGGAGUCUCUCCUCUCCCUCCAGGAUCCAGUCCACAAAGGAGGAUGGGAGGAGGCGAGCAGGAAGCAACCGACUGCAGCACGUAAUGGCCGAGAUGAUUUCCACGGAGAGGGAGUAUGUUAGGUCCUUAGGAUAUGUCAUCGACAACUAUUUUCCAGAAAUGGAAAGAAUGGACCUGCCCCAGGACCUGCGAGGGAAGCGCAGCAUCAUUUUUGGGAACUUGGAGAAGCUCCACGACUUCCACUGCCAGCACUUCCUCAACGAGCUGGAACACUGCCGGCACUGCCCGUGGGCGGUGGGCCGCGGGUUCCUGAGACACGAAAAGCAGUUUGGCAUGUACGCGCUCUACAGCAAGAACAAGCCCCAGUCGGACGCCCUGCUCUGCGGCCGCGGCAACGCUUUCUUCGAGGACAAGCAGCGGAAGCUGGGCGACAAGAUGGACCUGGCCUCCUACCUGCUGAAGCCUGUGCAGCGCCUGGGCAAGUACGCGCUGCUGCUGCAGGACCUGGUCAGGGAGGCUGGCCGCUGCCCCGCCCACGAGCAGGAGCUGGGCGAGCUGCAGGCCGCCGAGGACAUGGUCCGCUUCCAGCUGCGCCAUGGCAACAAUCUGCUGGCCACGGACGCCGUCCGCGGCUGCGACGUGAACCUGAAGGAGCAGGGGCAGCUCAGAUGCCAGAACGAGUUCGUCGUUUGCUGUGGAAGGAAGAAGUACCCGAGGCACGUGUUCCUUUUUGAAGAGCUCAUCCUGUUUAGCAAGACCAAAAAGGUAGACGGAGGCCACGACAUCUACGAGUACAAGCAGUCCUUCAAGACGGCUGAGAUUGGGAUGACGGAGAACGUCGGAGACAGCGGCUUGAGGUUUGAGAUCUGGUUCCGCAGACGGUGGAAGUCCCAGGACACCUACAUUCUCCAGGCGAGCUCCACAGAGGUCAAGGCCGCCUGGACGCAUGCCAUAGGGAAGAUCCUGUGGCAGCAGGCUCUGAGGAACAGAGAACUCAGAAGGCAGGAAAUGGUGUCUAUGGGGAUGGGCGACAAACCGUUCGUGGACAUCAAGCCCAGCGACGCGGCCAUAAAUGACCGGGCGAUCGAUUACAUCAUGCAGGGAACAGGGUCACGAACCCGAGCGUCCAUAGCUGUGCCCUCCUGUGACCACACCGCCCCCUUCAAGAGACCGCACUCCACCAUCUCAGACAGCAGCACCUCCUCCUCCAGCAGCCAGGCCUCCUCUGCCCUGGGGCAGCCGACCCUGCACGUGUCUACCAGCCUGGCCCACCGGGGCCUGCUGAGCCCUACCCUCUGCCCCUGGCCGUGCGAUAUCAGCACCUGUAUCGAGGAGGACGAGCUGGAGACAGGGAGCCAGCCUUCCACGCGGACCAGGAGCUCUGUGUCUUCACAGUGCGCAUCGGGGGGCAGCGGCCCGGGCCUCCCCGGGGUGCUCUCUGAUGAGGGCCUCCAGGGCGCCUCCCCCGCUCUUCCCAGGAGGGGCUCUCAGCCACAGCUCCACGGAGGUCAGUUCACCACGACCGUGAGUACCCCUCUUCUGAGAAGCCCUGGUGCUUGUGGGGGGUCAUUGCCUACCCAAGCAAUGAGGGACCACAGACCACCCCCCCACACACCCCCGACCCCCUGUCGUGGGUCACUCUGCAUGUGA